CGCGCUGUUUCUUCAGUGAGGGGCGGCUCUAUUACGUAGUAGAAACCCUAACCCUAGCGUCGGUCUCGACGGACACGGAGAGAAAGCAGAAGGGUAAAGCUAAGAACAAAUGGUAUCCGGAUCUGCAAUCAGCAAGCGGCACAUCGUGGUGGAUGCGCGCCACCACAUGCUCGGUCGCCUUGCUUCUAUAAUUGCGAAAGAGCUCCUCAAUGGACAGCACAUCGUGGUCGUCCGCUGCGAGGAGAUUUGCAUGUCAGGAGGACUCGUUAGGCAGAAGAUGAAGUUUUUGCGAUUCCUCCGCAAGCGCAUGAACACUAAGCCUUCGCAUGGACCGAUCCACUUCCGCGCCCCAGCUAAGAUCCUAUGGCGCACUAUCCGCGGGAUGAUUCCGCAUAAGACUAAGAGAGGAGCUGCAGCUUUGGCGAGGCUCAAGGCCUACGAAGGUAUACCUCCGCCUUAUGACAAGAAGAAGCGGAUGGUGAUCCCUGAUGCACUGAAGGUUUUGAGGCUCCAAGCAGGUCACAAGUACUGCCUUUUGGGUAAGCUUUCUAGUGAAGUCGGAUGGGGCUACUAUGAUACCAUCAAG